UCCAAGAUGGCAGCGCCCAUAGAAUUUGACAGAUCACAGAUGGAAAUGUAUCUUUCGCUGAAAAUAGCGUUUAUUUGAGCCUGUCUUGCUAGGAAUAUAAUGAGUAUCAAGGCCUUUGAUCUUGUACCCGCCGUUGAGCGGGUACCUCGCAUGUCAGACAAGUUAAAAGCACAGAUAGAGUGCAUGGAUGUCUGUGGGAAAAACAUGUACCUUGGAACAUCUGAUUGUUUCGUUAUGCAUUUUAUGCUUGAAGAAAGAGCAAAUCAAAGUGGGAAAGUCACAUUCCAAAGCCAGAACCAAGGACAGAAGCACCUUGGAUUGAAAAAGGCCAUAGUCCAGCUGAAGGCAGCAUCUGCUCUUAAGAGGAUCCUGGUGCUUUGUGAUAACACUGUCUCCCUGCUCAACAUGCUAGAUCUAGAGCCUGCAAUGGGUGGUGCAAAGAUCAAGGGAGUGACCCAUUUCUGCCUUAAUGAGAACCCAGUAGGGAACAGUCCAUUCAUGGUGGAGGUGUGUGUUGCCAUGAAGAAGAAGCAGCUGGCUCUAUACUCCAUUUCCGAUGACAGAAUAACACACAACAGGGACAUCUCCAUACAGGAACCGGCUUCUGUCAUUGCUCUGGACGGGCAUGUCAUCUGUGCGGGGCUAAUGUCCCAGUACUGCAUGCUGGACUACGAAACAGGCCAGAACACUGACCUGUUCCCCAUCGACACCGAGCAUGUACGACCCAUUGUCAAACGCGUCAGCAAGGAGGAGUUUUUGCUGACUGGUCCAAGUGCUCUGGGUAUGUUUGUGACAUCAGAGGGAAUUUCCCAACGUCCCCCUCUACAGUGGUCAGAAAACUUGCUCUGUGUUGGCUACACCCAUCCAUACAUCCUUGCCAUGAAUGAUGAGUUCAUCACUGUACACAGUAUACUUGACCAGCACCAGAAGCAGGCUAUCCCGUUCCAAGGCGGAGUCAUCCUUAACGACUAUGAUGGUCGCAUCUUUGUGGCGUCUGCAAAAGAGGUCUACUGUCUAGUACCAGUAGCCUGGGAGAAGCAGGUUCAGGGUCUGCUGGCAGACAAGAGAACCACAGAGGCCCUGGACCUUGCCCGUAACGCAAACCAUGGCCUCUCAAGAGACAAGUUUCUGAAGAUAUUCAAAAGAAUUCAACAACAGGCAGCAUUUAUAGAAUUUUCUCAACGUAAUUUUGAUGAUGUUCAGGAUCUGUUUAAAAAUGGAGAGGUGGAUGUCAGAGAGGUAAUCAGUUUGUAUCCCCGCAUGAUGCCGUCAGGCUGCAGUUUCCAGCGCUCCAUGCCACCACUGCACGAGAUUGCGGACGUGAACCAGCUGGCACGGGGGGACCAGAAUGUUGUACGCCAAUAUAAGGACUUCCUGCAGGCAUAUCUGGAGGACAUUCGUGGAACCAAGGAUGCAAGAGGAUUUAAACAGGAGGUUGAUGUUGCCUUACUCAAGCUGUAUGCAGAGAUAAAUUCCCCAGAGUUACUGCCUCUGAUAGAGGUGGACUCUGGUUGUAACCUGAAGGACUGCGCAGAAUGUCUCGAGAAGUAUGAUCGUCACCACGCACUGGCAAUGCUGUGUAAAUACCAUGGAGAUAAUGACAAGGCUCUUAAUAUAUGGUCUAGAUUAGUAAAUGGAGAAAUUAAAGAUGAUCUUUUCCCUGGUUUUGAAUUUGUGGUUAAUUUCUUGUCAAGUUUAAGUGACCAUGAUUUGGUGUGGAAGUAUGUAGACUGGGCCUUAGAAAGGGACCAGGAACUGAGUAUAAAGAUAUUCACAGAGCGUCCAUCCCAGGAGCCCCCCUCUGAGAGGAUGAGACCAGACACUGUGAUAGACUACCUUCAUAGAUUCCCUAUGGCAGUGGUCACAUACCUGGAGUACCUGGUCUUUCAACGAAAACUUGAAAAAGAGAAGUAUCAUACCCACCUGGCUGUCUUAUAUUUAGACAAUGUUUUGAAGCUGAUGAAAACCAACAAUGUGAAAAAGGAACAACUUGACAUGGCAAGGUCCAAGUUACGUACAAUGCUACAGAUGUCAAGCCUAUACCGGGUACAGCUGAUACUGGGGAAGGCGAAGGAACAGGAGAUGCAUGCUGAGUGUGCCAUACUCUAUGGGAAGCUGGAGGACCAUGAGAAGGCUCUCCGUAUCCUGGUGCACAAGCUACGGGACUACACAGCUGCGGAGAACUACUGCCUUGUCAACUCAGAGGGUCGUGACCCCACCUACAGGAAACGCCUCUUCCACAUCCUUCUCAGUGUCUACCUGGACCCAGCCAACGAGAGAAAAGAUUUUUUGAUAGAACCUGCCAUAGUCUUAUUGAACAACAAUGUCAGUGACUUUGAUGUUGCAAAGGUGAUACAGAUCAUCCCAGAUUCUUGGUCAAUAGGCUUGAUGUCCCAGUUCCUAAAAAAGGCCCUCCGUACAAACAUGCACGAAAACCGGACCACACGUAUACAGUGCAUGAUGUCUCGGGGAGAGAACCUGCUUGUUAAACAGGGAUUUAUAACUGAGCAACGGGAGCCUGUAGUCAUGAAUGAUGAACGUGCUUGUGCGGUGUGCAAUAGAACGUUUUCCGACCCAGCCUUUGUCAGAUAUCCAAAUGGCAUUGUGACUCAUAUACAUUGUGCUAAGAACAAACAUGUGUGUCCAGUGACUGGUAGGCUUUUCAGCACAACUAAACACUCAUGACAGCAGGAAACCACAGAAACAGUCUACAUACAGUAGCUUAGAAUGAGCUUUGUGCCAAAGAAGUCACACCAUUGUAUCAAGUUAAACUUUGAUAAGUGAGGAAGAGAAAAUUAUAACAGAUAAUCAUAUUCAGCUUUAGGUGCAUUAUAAUUUACCAGAACUGACAAAUAUCUUUAUGUUGCUGACGUUCAGAAUAGUCAGAAUAUCAGUAAUCCACAAAACCUAGAUGUUGUGAUAUUUAUGUUUGUGUUCAUUUCAAUUUAUUUCAUCUUCUUUUUCUUUACUUUGUAGAAUCAAUGUAAGCAGAGAUAAGGUGCAUGUAUUAUGAGACAUGUUUAGCCUUUGAGUCAGCUUAAUUCAUGUGUAUGUUGACAUUUUACAUCAAGUUAAUUUGUAAUGUUGAACUAAACUAUGAGGUCAGUGUUGUAAAUUACUGGCACAAAUUUCUCCAAAGUUCUGUAGCGUAACAAACUUAAUAAAUUUUACUAAAUUAAAACUCAUUUAUCAUGAUCAUCAUAUAGAUAAUUUACUUUAAUGUGAAAAUAUACAAAGUCAAAAAUAAUGAGCUUAUUUUGAUCCUGUUAUAAGGGAUUUAAGAUGUUGGAGACUUUCUUUGAUUUAUAGUUAAAAUAAGAAUAAUGCACUUGCCCUUAAAGCACAUCAGUAUUCUUGCACUGUACUACAGAAACAUCUAAUUUAUUAAUAUUGCAUCUUUUCCUUAAAAUUGACCUGUAACUGUUUUAAUUUUUAGGUAGAAUGUGUAAUGCCCAAUCUGUACUAUCCAAUCGAAAUAUGAUAAAAGAAAUUAACGCAUUAGUUAGUUUGAGAAAUAAAGUAUUUCGAAAAAUUUCACUGUAGUAAAAUAUUCUCAAGAUGCUUUUGUAGUACAGCCUCUGUUGUAGUUGUGUAAGAAAUUAAUGUUUUAAACGAGUUAGGUGGGCACAGGUACUUAUAGAUCCAAGUAUCUGUGAAUAUCUAAGGUUUUAUUUUCAGUAAUUUGGAAGUUUCAUGACGUCUGUAUGUCAAAGGACAUGUUUAUCCUCAUUAACAUAUGAGGCCAACCUACCUGGGUAUUUCCUCAAGUUCUCUAUUGCAGUUCAGGUUGUUAUUUAUCGGUAUGGAUAUGGCCGAUAUUUUCAUUGGCUAACGACAAAACCAUAAUUCAUUUGCAUUUAGUUUAUUUCCCAAUUCAACCCAUUGCAAAGCUACAUUUUAACAUUUUUAUUCUGUUUAUUGUCUUGUUUACUUAAAUAUUAUGUGAUAGCAAUUACUGUAUAAAAAAUAUAAUAAAAUACAAUAAAUUCUU